AUUAAAUCAAGUUAAAUGGCUCAAGCAGACAGAAAGGCAGUGGUAAAGAAUGCAGACAUGUCAGAGGAAAUGCAACAGGAUGCUAUCGAUUGUGCCAAUCAAGCAUUGGAGAAAUUCAACAUUGAAAAAGAUAUAGCUGUAAAUCUAAUGUUUAAGAAUGUAGGCAUUCAUCAAAAAGGAAUUCGAUAAAAAGUACAAUCCAACAUGGCAUUGCAUAGUUGGCAGAAACUUUGGAUCAUACGUUACACAUGAGACAAAGCACUUCAUUUAUUUUUAUAUGGGAUAAGUUGCAAUACUCUUAUUCAAAAGUGGAUGAUUUGUUUAGUAUAACAUAUAAAAAUAUAUACAUUU